AUGACAGCAGAAGAGAUCCUCAACGACAACACUAAACCCCCAUCCCCCUUCCCCCUCGAGAAACCCCCAACCCACCACCAUUCCAACCACCACGCCGCGAAACCAACCCCCCAAAUCAUCGCCCACCGCGGCUACAAAGCCCUCUACCCAGAAAACUCCAUGCUUGCCAUCCAAGAAGCCAUAAAAGCAGGCGCCCACGCCAUCGAGACAGACGUUCACGAAUCAAAAGAUGGAGUCGUAGUUCUAUCCCACGACCCAACCCUAAACCGCUGCGUCGCCGGCCCCCCCAAAAUCUCCACCUGCACCUGGCCCUACCUCUCCACCCUCCGUACCACCCCCCCCCCUCACGUCCCCUUAGCUCGCCUCUCCGAUUUGUUAAACUACCUCUCAACCCCCGAUCUAUCCCACAUUUGGGUAUUACUAGACAUCAAAACAGACGACGACCCCAACCUCACACUUAUACCCUCCAUCGCAGCCACUAUCGCCUCGAACCCACCGCCAGAAGGAGCCUCCUGGACGUGGCAGGAGAGGAUUGUGCUUGGGGGGUGGAAUGAGAAUUACUUGAGCGCGUUGGGGGAGGAGCUCCCUGGUUUCAGGAGGGCGUAUAUUGGCUUCUCGCUGCUGUAUGCAAAGAGGUUUUUGGACGAUGAGAAAUGGGCGGGGGUGCAGUUUAAUCUGUUGCAGCAGGCGGUUGUGGGGCCGGUUGGGAGGGGAUUUGUGCAGAGGGUGAGAAGGGCGAGGACAGAGAGGAGGUUGUGGGUCUGGACGGUGAAUGAUGAACGGUGGAUGAGGUGGGCGUGGAGGAAGGGGGUGGAUGGGGUUGUGACGGAUGAGGUUGGGUUGUUGAAGAGGGUGCUGGAUGGGGAUGAGGACAGGGGGAGGGGGAAGGGGGUGACGGUGGGGAUGUAUAUCAAGGCGGCGAUGAUACAGGCUUUGACGUUGGUUUUGGUGGUGGUUAUAUGGGGAAGGUUGAGGAAGGUGGGGAGGGUAAUUGGGGGGGAGGUGAAGAGGGAGCAGGCGAAGGGGAAGAAUUGA